AUGGCCGAGACUUCCUCGACCUUACCACACACUGGCAAUGAAAAACACCGAGGAAAUGGCACAGUGCUGCGUGAUCUUAUCAUUGGCUUCGCAGAUGGGCUUACGGUUCCGUUUGCUCUUUGCGCCGGACUAUCAUCUCUUGGAUCCUCCAAACUUGUCAUAACUGGUGGUCUUGCCGAACUCUUCAGUGGCUCCAUCUCCAUGGGGCUAGGAGCCUAUCUGGCCUCCAUUACCGACAGGCAACACUAUGACACGGAAAAAACGAGGGAGGAAAGGGAGGUGCGGGAAUCGCCGGAAGAGGAGAUGGAGGAGAUAUACCGCAUUCUCUGCUCGUAUGGCCCUCAGAGAGCAGACGUGGCUCCGUUCGUCAAUGCCAUGAGAUCGUACCCCGACCAAUGGGUUCAGUUCAUGAUGGAUUUCGAGUUGAAGUUGGAAGAACCAGCUCGGCGUUCCGCAUACGUCUCAGCAAUUGUCAUGGGAAUUUCCUAUUUCAUCGGGAUUUUCCACACUAUCCAAGGAGGUUUACUGCCCAUGAUUCCAUACUUCGCCAUCCACCACGCCACCAACGCUCUCUUCGUAUCGAUCGGCCUCACCGCCAUCAUCCUGAUCGUCUUCGGGUACUUCAAGUGCGCCUUUGCCGGGUGUGGUCGGAGACAGUCAAUCUGGGGCGCGGUACAGACGCUGUGUAUCGGUGCUGCCGCUGCAGGGGCGAGCUACGGGAUAGUCAGGGCGGUGGAUUCGAGUAACAUCAGCUGA